UUUGGGAAACUCUUGGUGUACUAAACUGCUUUACAUAAUCGGUCCAUUAAGCAAUGCGGUAAUCAGUAGUUGGGUGUUUAAAUAUGAGUAGCUUCUUUAGAUAUCCUUCUGCAAUCAGCCAUCUCAUUGAAUAUAUCAAUUUCGUUGAUCUGUUUUAGCAAAACUAGCACCUAGCAAUGCUUAUAGAGUUCUGAAACUUCUCUUUCUCCUUUUUAAGUGGGUUUCACUCAUGCAGGACAGCAAGACGUAAUUAAUCUCAUUCACUGGAAUGGAAGAAUUAGAGCAGUGUUAGGAUCCGAAAAUUUUACUGACCAUAUUGAAUGAAUGCAACAAGUUUAGAGAUUUUUGUUUAAUUCUUCAGAAUAAGUCCAAGGCAGUUUAUCCAUUCUCAUCGUUGUUAAUUUUGUUUGCGUUAUUGUUUCUCGGGGAGAACAGCAGAAGACAUCACCUCCCCCAUGAAAUCGUUCAAUCUGAUAUCAUCCAUAGUCAGUACACAAUGGCCUGCGUCGAAAGAUUUAUGGGAAGCAUGGGGCAUCCAUUGGCUGGUCACCAUGAGCCUCGCUUGCCAGAUCACCCUCACCAUCUUCGGCAGCUGCCGGAGGUACAAGGCCUCGACCAUCCUCAAAUACGUCAUCCUCACCGCCUACUUGCUCUCUUCUUACUUUGCGACCAUCGCCCUUGGCAAGCUCACCGUUAUCCAGAUCGACAAUCCUCAUCGACCAGACUACAUUACUGAGCUCAAGGGGUUGUUGGCACCGUUGCUCUUGAUGCAGCUUGGGAACCCCGACUCCAUAACCGCAUACUCGGUUGAGGACGACCGGCUUAGUGUCCGGCAGGUGCUGAAUCUGUUCGUCAGGGCCGUUUUCGUCUUCUGCAUCCUGAUUCGCUGCUGGGACAGCUCGUCCCCCGUCCCAUUUUUGUACUUCUUCUUGUUUGCUGCCGGAAUCAUGCGGUCAGCAGUGACAGUUUGGGCCCUCAUGUCCGUGUACUGGAAGAGGUCGAUCAUAUCAGCCAAGGAUAUCUUCGACGAGGAAACUGUUGGCAAGUUCUUAUACAAGCUCGACAGGUCCAGAUGGUCGAUUGAGCAAAAGAUCAUCUUGAAGGCAUACUAUCGAUUCGAUUGCUUGAAGCCCUACAUUGUAAGCUGGCUCUACCACCCAAAAUCGCUAUCUAAAUCUCAGUUAGAUGUAGAUCGUGAUUUAGCCUUCAUCACAGCUGAGGUCGAACUUGGAUUCAUGUACGACACACUUUACACCAAGCAACCGGUUCUCAAUAAACGAGUCGGUCUUAUCUGCCGCUUAACUAGCUUUCUCUGUCUAGUCUCAGCCUUGUGUCGAUUUGCUGUUAUUUUCAAGAGUGCCUUCUUGAUAGACAUGCACAUCACCUACACUUACACCUUGUUGAUAGGAGUCACCGCCCUAGAAGGUUACCAAAUUGUUCUGCAAUCCUUCUCGGCAUGGACCAUUGUGGCGAUGAGCCAUUACCAAGGAAACUGCCCCGUGUUGAAAAGGCUAUUGAAUUUCUUAGCUAAAAGGUAUAUGAAGCGAAAAACGUGGUCAAACUCAGUUGGGCAACUCGACUUGUCGGAUCAUCGCCUGUACAAGGAGUGGCUAUGGUCCAGUGGAAGAAUCCUCAAACACUUGGGCAUUAAAGAGGUGACCUGGAGAAGUUAUUGGAUUCACUCUCGUCUGAAAAUCCCUAGCUCUCUCAAGGAAUUGCUGGUGGAAAAUAUUGGAAAGUUUGAUGUGAUCAGAAAAAAAAAGCCCUUUACAGAACGUGGCGAGUGGACGCUUAAAGCUCACGAACUCAGCGUCAAUGUGGAGUGGAAGCAGGAUCUUGAAGUGUUGAGAAGAAACAUCUUGAAAACAUUUGACAAAAGCAUCAUCAUUUGGCACAUGGCAACGAACAUCUGCCUCCUUUCAGAGCGUGAUGAUUCUCCGAACUGUAAAGGAAGCGAACUGCUGUCCAAUUACAUGAUAUACCUUCUAGCACUGCGACCCUACACGUUGUCCCUAAUGACUACCGACAUCACAUUGGAGCAUGCUUGCACCAUAUUGAAGCCAUUUCUUAGGUACAGAGACCGCAAUGAGGCAUUGGGGACACUGUCGUCAACAGAGACUCUGUGCGAACCCACCCUGGAUCAGAAGAGAACCAUAAUCACCAGGAAGUGGCACGUGCUGUCAGACGUGCGGGAAUUGGCUGCGAAACUGAAGGGCAAAAACAACAAGUGGCAGAUCAUAAGCAGCAUUUGGGUGGAGAUGUUGUGCUACGCUGCGUAUAAUUGUCAAGUUUACCAUCAUAUGAAAAUGUUGCGGCAAGGUGGAGAGAUUAUAACUCAUGUUUGGCUACUGUUGAUGCACGAGACUGAUAAGUACUCCUACACUCCCAAGUAGACCAAAGGAACCAAAUAAACGUCGCAAAGGGAGUCAUGAUCCUAGUAUUGAUCAUGCUCUGCACCCAAUUGUUGUAUGUGUGUGUGUGUUCUCUCUCAUUUUUCCUUCUGGGUAAAGAGGUGCUUUCUCAGUAAAAUCACUGUAAUCACAUUCAGCUAAGAGACUUGUCAAUGAAGCAUAGUGACAUAUAUAUUGGAUGUAGA